AUGGGGCCCCCGGCAAUAGGGGAUCAUGGGGUCCCUGUGUCCUUGUCCAAACUCAAAAAAGCCUAUGAAAAAGGUAUCAGGGGCAUUUCAUGGGGCCCCCUACUGACCCCGGGCCCUCGGGCAGUGCCCGAGCUUCCACAUGGUCAGUCCGCCCCUGGUAUGGAGCCUAAGUGACUUGGAACCCGAGGGGCGGACUGACAACUCAUGGGGCCCCCGGGCAAUAGGGGAUUCAUGGACCCCCUGUGUCCCUUGCGAAACUCAAAAAAGUCUAUGAAAAAGGUACCAGGGGAAUCUCGGGCAGUGCCCGAGUUUUCCAAAUGGUCAGUCUGCCCCUGCUGGGAACUAUUCCCCUCAAAUAAUUCCUCCGCUGACACC